UUCCUGAAUCUUGGCAAAAAUGAAAAUUAAAAUAAAGCCAACAAAAAAUUAAGCUCAUGAAAUUAUUGGAAAAUUAAUUUAGAAAGUAUAAAUAUAUACAUAUAAAUCACAUGCAAUAAAUCCAGUUCCUUUCUGCUGUAUUACAUAUUUCAAAAAUGUUCUUGUAUUUACUUCACACUGCAUUCAAAAUAUGACAUAUUAUUUCCUAUUUUUCACAUGAGAUUACUGAGAACUUAACAAAUUACAGGACUGUUUCUGUGGUCAUGGGGCAGUAUGUAACAGAAUGAGUGUGGAAAAAUGCUGGCUGUGUGAUGCCAACUCCAGGAAGGAAGUCUUCAAUGGUCAUCUGCAGAUGUGUGUGCUGAAUGUAAAACCUCUUAGGAGAAGGAGGUGCAGAUAGAGUUCAACAACAUGGUACACACACACACACACACACACACACACACACAAAAGCCAAAAAAACAAAGCUGUCACUUUAAGAUCAAGGGAAGAGUCUCAGCAUCAUUUUCAACAAAUAGCAAAUCUUGGGGACAGUUUUGGUGCAGUCUGUUAAGCCAGUCUGCCAGGCUGGUGUUUGAGUCUCAGCUGCUCCACUUCUGAUCCAGCUCUCUGCUAUGGCCUGAGAAAGCAGAAGAUGCCCCAAGUCCUUGGGCCCCUGCACCCGCGGGGAAGUCCUGGAAGAAGCUCCUGGCUUCAGCCUGGCUCAGCCCUGAACAUUGUGGUCAUUUGGGGAGUGAACCAGCAGAUGGAAGACCUCUCCGUGCCACACAACUGUUUCUUUCAACUAUAUAAAUAUCUAAAAACAAAAACAGGAACUAAACUUCCUCCUCCCUACCCUGCCCCCUGGAAACCCACCUGAAACAGGUGCAGGACCACCACUAAGACACAUUUGCCUUUCUGGCUGAAAGCCGGGGCAGGGAAAAAGAGACCCGCAGCCCAGGAAUCCUGGCUGCCCUGGUUCCCUGCCCCCAACAGCUCAGCACCUUGAUCACUGACUCCAGCCCCACGCUGCACCCUACUGUCCAAACCCGGAUCAGGAGGCUCGCGGCCGCAAAGGACACCCCUGAUGGGAAACAGGCUCAUGUGGGCGGGCUCCAAAGAAUCACAGCCACACGCACCGCCCGGAACUCGUGGUUACCCGCUGUGUCCACUAAUAAAACUGACCUGGGCGCUCAGCGGGAGUGCCGGGAGGCGUUCCGCAAGCUUGGAGACCUCGGCUGCCCAGGCGCCACCAAGUUGCUGCUGGACAACUUCGAGUUCCCGGCCUGGUGUCCCACACCAAGGGGCUGCCACUGCGACGCGACUGAAGCGGAGUUCUGAGCCUCCACAAACGCGCGAAUCCUGGAUUACAACUGCAGGCUGUGCAGGACAAAGUAGCAACUGCACUUGGAAUUAACACUCUGCAGCCUCACACUCCUGCAGGACACAAACAGCAUCAUCAGGCAUCCCGCUGCCUGUGCCCCAGGGGACAAAGCAGGGAGAAACGUUUUACUGGAAAAUUCUAAACGCCUCUCCGGUGUGCAGAACCUGAGGGAAACGGCAGAACUGUACAUCUGGAGUCAAGACACUAUAGAACCGAUUCUUUUUGUUUCCCUCUGGCCUUUUGCCAAGCUGAAAACCCUCGAGGCCCAGUGUGGAACCCUCCAGCUGCCUGGAGGAGCUAUGGGACCAUCCCCCCAGGAGGCACACAGGGGUUCACUGUCCUGACUAGAUACCAGGAGGGACAUCUGGCCAGGGGAUAUAGCCCGUUGUCCAGUGUGGCACUGCUCUCAAGGGAUCGCUCGAUAUUGAGCCACCAGAAUGGUGCCCACAAGCUGAUCUGGAGGUGCCACAACUCGUUCAAGUCAUCUUGCCGCAGACAUCUUGCCGCAGACAUCUUGCCGCAGCCUUGUUUUUGAAACGCGGCCCCGUUUCUCAAACACACUGUCUUGAGGGCCCACAAACUCAACACUAGCGACCAGGCUAAGGUAGACUCCACAGAAGUGGAAUAUACCUGUUUGAGCUAGUCCCUGGAAAAAGGGCGCACACCACCCUCCCAUCCCCCAUCCCCCCUGACCCCCCCAAUCCUCCUUUCUGCCCCUCCCCCCGUUCCCCGCCUGCCGCUUGAGGCCUCCCGCCUCCCAGAGCGUCAGACGCCUGGCGGCUGUGGGGGUUGGGAAGCUUCGAAAAGCCGAGAAGUGUCACGUGAUGCCCAGCUCGCCAAUCAGAGACAAAGAUUUGGCCGGCCACACCCAUCCUCGGGGCUAUACCACUCUUUGUUACACUCAGCCACGGGAGCAGCCGCCACCACCGCCGCAGCCGCCGCAGCCGCCGCAGCCGCCGCAGCCGCCCUCCUCCGUCUCUGAGCCAGUCUCUCAGCGAGAAUUGGGCAGUAUGGCCACCCAGUCGCGCUUUGAGAAUGAGAAGGAGCACCAGCCCAAUGAGGUGCCUGGAGGGCGGAAGGAGGCCGACUUUGCCUCCGGCGAUGCCUGCAGGCCCAGCAACCGCUAUCCGCUGGCCUUGGCCGCCCCUGCCUCAGGCGAUCUGUUGGAUGGCGUGCUGCUCAGCGGAGGUGGCGAUACUGGUGCAGCAGCCGCCGCUGCCGCUGCCGCCGCCAUUUCCUACGUGCAGGAAGACUCGGGGCUGCCCACCAGUGUGCAGGCAGAGAAUUGCGACCUGCAGGGCAGCCCUGGUCUCCACACGUCUGUUAAGGAGCCUGCGACCGGCACUGCGGACACUCUGGGGCAAUCCCUGGAGGGCACCGACCAGCUCGAAGGCCACGCGUCCCUGACGAAGAGCCCUGAGACCAAGCGUCGCAAGAAGCAGUCCAGCCGUAAGCAGGCCGCUCAGCCUCCAGAGCGCCCCGUGAUUCCUGGGGCUGCCGACCCUGAGCCGCCAUCUUCUGGGUCUCAGCGCAGCCGAAGCCUCCGCACUCAAGCGGUAGGGUCAGGCCCUGCCCUCCGAAGCCAGGCCAAGCCACCAGGCUCUGCCGCCAGCAGCGGUGCACCAGCACCAAUUUCUGCUCUUCCAACCCAGGCACCUGCUGCUGUCGGAGGCCGCGCAUCUGCUCCAGGCCCUUCUAUCCGACGCCGCGCAGCUUCACCGAUUCCUGCUGACGGAGGCCGCGCCACCCAGCCGGGUCCUGCUGUUCGAGUCCGCGGCACCCAGACGGGCCCUGCUUGCCGAAGCCGUGGCACCCAGACGGGCCCUGCUUGCCGAAGCCGCGCCACCCAGACGGGUCCGGUUCCACGCCGCCGCGCCCCGACGCCGAGCCCCGCUGCACGCCGCCGCGCCGCGCCGCUGAGCCCUUCUUCCCGCGGCCGCACCACUCUGCGGGAUCCUGCUUCCCGAAGCCGCGCCACUCUGCCGGUCCUCCCUGUCCGAAGGCGCACCACCCCUUCGGGCUCCGCGGCUCGGCGCACUGCCUCUGCGCCGGGUCCCGUUUGCAACAGCGGGGCAUCCGGUCCAGGCCGUGGUCGUGGUGGUGGCGGUGGCGGUGGCGCCGAGAUGCCAGAUCGUAUCUCCCGGAGACGCCCAGCUCCGAGAAGGUCGGCCACUGUCACCUGCCGAUCUGUGCCCAGGCCUGGGCCGGAUCCCGCUGAGGAGAAUCAUUAUUCUCCUCGUGGGUGCCCCUUACGAAAGCUGGUCUUUGAUAGCAGCCCUGAGUCUCCCGAACGUGAAGUGGAGAGCCGGCCUCCGCCGCCUGUCUGGCACGCAGUCCGUAUGCGUGCCUCCUCGCCCUCACCUCCGGGAAGGUUUUAUUGUCCCCCUGGCAAGUGUGGUGGGAGCAGUCCCUCCUCCUCCUCUGGGUCUUACUCCUCCUCCUCCUCUUCCUCCUCCACCCCCACCCGGGCCCCUGUCCCCGUCCCUGUCCCCAUCCCUAUCCCCAUCCCCUCUUCCUCUGCAUCUUCCGACGGUGGUUCCUCUUCCUCCUCUCCUGUGUUUCUGGGUCUGAACUCCAUCCGUACUCCCAGCCCUGCUAGCCUUCGGCGCGCUCUUAUGCCUGAGGUUGAGGCUCUGAGUUCUGCAUCUCCGGAGGAGGAGGAGGAGGAGGAGGAGGAGACGGAGGAGACGGAGGAGACUUAAGUCAGCAACCCCAGUAUUGUGCUGUGCCCCUCUGUUAGUUUCCCCAAGGUUUGUGAAAGGAGCUAACAGCCACCCACUGGGUGAACGGGCUCCCCUUUAUUUAGGUGUGUAAGAGUUUUUGCUGUUAAUCCUAUUGUGGCCAGAGGUGAAGCCUCCUUUCCCGCUCACUGCAGCACUUACCUACUGGUGGCCCUAGAUUCCAGGCCCCCUGGUCCUUGAAAGUGGUUUGCCUUUGCCCCGAAGUUGAGAGUUAUAUUUUCCAAGUUGACUUUCCGUAUGAAAUGUUUUUACCAAUAAAACUUAGAUGCUGUUUUCAUCAAAACUCUCUCUUUCUUUUUUUAAUCGCGGUCCUAUCAUAUUUGGGG